AAAGAGAUAUGAAAAAAAAAAAAAUAAUAAUUGUGCCAAUAGAGAGAAAGAGAGAGAGAGAGACAGAAGAAGAAAGAAAGGUUCCUUUGUCUCGGAAGAACCAAAGAGCCAACACAAAAAAAAAAAAAAAAAGGUUCGUAGCUUUUCUUUCUUUCUUUCACACGAAAUCUCACGAGCCGCCUUAUAUAUUUCUUCUUCUCUGUCUCUUUCAAAACUCAGAUCGACGGCGUAACUCUCCGGUGUAAUCUCAGCCGUUAGAUCUUUGUUUUCAGUGAACCGAUUUAUGUAGGAGAAGUUUUAGUUUUUAAAUGUAAUUUUUUUUUCUUUAAUUUUUAAAAUCGUUGUUAUCAGAAAAAGUAGGUAGCAAAAAAGAGAUUUUUACGAAAAGCAGAUUGACUGGUAGCUGAAGAACAACGGAGCAGAAUUAUAGAAAGAGUAAAAAAUAAAAACCCUAAAGGUUGAAACUUGGUUGACGAAAUUAAGCUGAAAUUUUCUUCUUCAUUUAUUUCAUUCUAAACUUUUGUUAUAUUUAAGAAUCAGUAAGAAACAAAAAAAAAAAAAAAAAACAGAGUGAGACUAAAAAAAAAAAGAUGCCGGUAGAUUUAGAUAACUCUUCCACAGUUUCCGGUGAAGCAAGUGUUUCAAUCUUAUCCACCGGAAAAUCCACCGGAAAGAAGAAACGUAACCUCCCCGGCAUGCCUGAUCCAGAGUCAGAAGUUAUAGCUUUAUCACCAAAAACAUUACUAGCAACAAACAGAUUCGUAUGUGAAAUCUGUAACAAAGGGUUUCAAAGAGACCAAAAUCUCCAACUUCAUCGCCGUGGACACAAUUUACCAUGGAAGCUUCGUCAGAAAUCGAACAAAGAAGUGAAGAAAAAAGUCUAUGUUUGUCCUGAAGUUAGCUGUGUUCAUCAUGACCCUUCACGUGCUUUAGGAGAUCUAACUGGAAUCAAGAAACACUUUUGUCGGAAACAUGGUGAGAAGAAGUGGAAAUGUGAUAAAUGUUCAAAGAAAUACGCUGUUCAAUCUGAUUGGAAAGCUCAUUCCAAGAUUUGUGGUACUAAAGAGUAUAAAUGUGAUUGUGGUACUCUGUUUUCUAGGAGGGAUAGUUUUAUAACGCAUAGAGCUUUUUGUGAUGCUUUGGCUGAAGAAAGUGCUAGAAGUCAUAAUCAGAGUAAGAAACGGAAUCCAGACAUUUUGACCCGGCAAAAACCGGUUCCUGACCCGAUUCCUGCUCCGGUGGAUACUGAUCAGUCUGCUAAAAUCAUUUCUUCCUCGACUUUAACAAUUAAGCAAUCAGAAUCCCCCAAAACUCCUCCUGAAAUCGUUCAAGAAGCUCCAAAACCGACCGGUGUAAAUGUUGUUACACGCAACGGUGUUUUCGAAGGCUUAUUCGAAUCUUCCUCGGCUUCUCCAAGCAUAUACACAACAUCCUCUUCUUCGCCGAGUCUAUUCGCGCCAUCUUCGUCCAUCGAACCUAUCUCUUUGGGUCUCUCAACGAGUCAUGGAUCAUCAUUUCUCGGGUCAAACCGGUUCCAACCUCAACCAGCGAUGUCAGCAACCGCUUUACUUCAAAAGGCAGCUCAAAUGGGAGCAUCUUCUUCAGGAGGUUCAUUGCUUCGGGGGUUAGGGAUAGUUUCAUCAACUUCAACUUCUAUGGACGCAAUAGUCCCUCAUGGACUAGGAUUAGGACUGCCUUGUGGUGGCGAAAGCAGCUCGGGUUUAAAAGAACUCAUGAUGGGGAAUUCAUCCGUGUUUGGUCCGAAACAAACAACAUUAGACUUUCUCGGUUUAGGUAGAGCGGUUGGUAACGGAAAUGGUCCAAGUAACGGACUAUCUGCCCUAGUCGGAGGAAGUAGCGGCAUCGAUAUGGCAAAGACAUUUGGAUCAGGAGAGUUUUCAGGGAAAGACAUUAGUAGAAGAAAAUCAUAAGUAGAGGUAGAGUAAGUUAAUAGUUUGAGAAAUUGGGGGUUUUAGAUGUUCUUGUUCAAUAGCUUAGUGUGAGUUUGAAACUUCCCUUUGAAAGAAAGGGUUCAAUAUUUAAUAUAUAUUGCAAUUAAUUAAUCACU